AUGAUUAAGAGAAUUGUAUACUCACUUACAUCGUCACUCAUGUUCAGAAUAUUUGGAAUUUUGCUGAUUUUUGUGGAUCUGUCCCUCAUCAUUAUAGACCUACUUGUCACUGAGAGCACGAUGUUCAUUCCUUUGGAGUAUCGUUCAAUUUCUUUAGCUAUUGCUUUAUUUUUUUUCGUGGAUGUUCUUCUUCGAGUAUAUGUAGAAGGGAUACAACAAUACUUUUCUGAUAUACUUAACUACUUAGAUGCUGUCAUUAUUGUAGUGACUCUACUGGUUGAUAUGAUUUAUAUGUUUUAUGACUUUACGUCUCUUCAAACUAUCCCCAGAUUGACAAUUUUAUUUCGACCUCUACGACUUAUCAUUCUGAUAAGAGUUUUUCAUCUGGCUCAUCAAAAGAGACAUCUUGAAAAGCUGGCCAGAAGGAUGGUUUCAGGAAACAAACGGCGAUACAAGAAGGAUGGAUUUGACUUAGACCUCACUUAUGUUACUGAGCGUAUUAUUGCUAUGUCAUUCCCAUCUUCAGGAAAGAAGUCUUUCUAUAGGAAUCCCAUUAAGGAAGUUGCACGGUUCCUAGAUACCAAACAUCAAGACCACUAUCAAGUCUACAAUCUAUGCAGUGAAGGAGCUUAUGAUCCUAAGUACUUCCAUUAUAGGGUCCAGCGAAUCAUGAUCGAUGAUCACAACGUCCCCACUCUAAGUGAGAUGGUGGCAUUCACCAAGGAAGUAGAUAAGUGGAUGGCUCAAGAUGACGAAAACAUCGUAGUGAUUCACUGUAAGGGAGGCAAAGGAAGAACUGGAACUAUGAUUUGUGCCUACCUUAUUGCCAGUGAAAUAUUUAUAACUGCAGAGGAGAGCCUUUAUUAUUUUGGAGAACGGCGAACAGAUAAAAGCACCAGCACUAAAUUUCAGGGAGUUGAAACUCCUUCUCAGAAUAGAUAUGUUGGAUAUUUUGCAGAUGUGAAAAAUAUCUACAACAUGACUCUCCCUCCAAGAAAAACACUCAAGAUAAAAAAAAUCGUUAUUUAUUCAAUUCAUGGUGUUGGAAAAGGCAAUGGAAAUGAUCUAAAAGUACAAAUAAUAAUGCAGCACAAGAUCGUCUUUUUCUGUUCUGCUUCCAAAAACUGUUGGAUUCUUCAUGAUGUUGAAGCAGACAGCGUAAUAAUUCAUCUAUCCAACUGCCCACCUCUGUAUGAUGAUGUGAAAGUGCAGUUUCUCUCUUCUUCGGUGAGUAAUCAAGAAACAACCUACGCCAGUGUUCUCGUCUGGUCUUUUGAACGAUUCUGA